AUGGCCCAAGCAAAAAGUGUCGUAGAUACCAUUGCACGGUGUUUCGACAACGGUACCUAUUCCGAUCUGACCAUCAAAUGCCACUAUAGAUCUUGGAAGGUUCACCGCGUAGUUGUUUGCUCUCAAUCAACGGUCUUGCAUGCAGCAUGUAUGACAGGCUUCAAGGUCAUUAUUCAAGAACGAUCGUCGUUUAGCUCGAAAUCUGACCCUACACAGGAGCAAUAUACAGGUGUCAUUGAUCUAGACGACGAUGAUCCGGUCGCUGUUGAAAUAUUGUUGAAAUACUUCUAUACCGGCAAAUACAAUGAGCCGAUAGAUGAGAUGAAAGAACUUCGUCAGCAGUUGCAGGUUCAAGUUCUCACGUACAAUUUAGCCGACAAAUAUGAUGUACUGGCUUUGAUGGGGCUCGCAGCGAAGAGGUUCAAAUCAACUCUCAACGACGGCCCUACAACCGUGGAAUAUCUAUCUGUCAUCUCAGAUGUCUAUGCCAUACCUACAUCAACGAACAGCCUACGGGUCACCGCUACCGAACAUGCCAGAGCCAACUUUAGGGACAUGAUACAAAGCGACGAUUCUGAAGUUCUGCGAACCACGCUACAGGAUAUACCAGAGUUCGCCUUCGAUGUUCUUCAGCUGUUUGCCAACGCUCCUCUAAUAGGCCGUUGUUACACCUGCGGUCCAAACCAGAGUGCCGAACCACUUCAAGCGCGUUGCAUUAAGUGCAGCAGGGGGGGAAUUUCGCUGACACAUUAUUGA